CUUACGUGUGCAUGCAUGUCGUGUUUAAACCCCUCGGUGGGAGGAAGGAGGACGCUUUUCUCUGUUUCCGAUGUUUUCAGCUCUCUCUGUUUGCAGGACCAGCUCUGUGGCCGUGACCCCACCCUGACAGAUGAGCUGAUCAAUAUUCUGACGGAGCUGACCCAGCUCAGCAAGACAACCAAUGCCAAAGUGGCACUGCGGGCACGGCAGGUUCUCAUUGCUUCCCAUUUGCCGUCCUAUGAGCUGCGUCACAACCAGGUGGAGUCCAUCUUCCUGUCUGCCAUUGACAUGUACGGACACCAGUUCUGCAUUGAGAACCUGCAGAAACUCAUUUUGUCAGAGACAUCCAUCUUUGAUGUGCUACCCAACUUUUUCUACCACAGUAACCAGGUGGUGAGAAUGGCAGCUUUAGAGGUGUACGUUCGAAGGGCGUACAUUGCCUACGAGCUGAACAGCGUCCAGCACCGCCAGCUGAAGGACAACACCUGCGUGGUGGAGUUCCAGUUCAUGCUGCCCACCUCCCACCCCAACAGAGGGAACAUCCCCACGCUAAACAGAAUGUCCUUCUCUUCCAACCUCAAUCACUACGGGAUGGUCCACGUAGCCAGUGUGAGUGAUGUGCUGCUGGACAACUCGUUCACUCCCCCGUGCCAGCGGAUGGGCGGGAUGGUCUCCUUCCGCACAUUUGAAGAUUUUGUCAGAAUCUUUGAUGAAGUGAUGAGUUGUUUCUGCGACUCUCCUCCCCAGAGCCCAACCUUCCCUGAAGCUGGCCAUGCUUCCCUCUAUGAUGAAGACAAGGCUGCCCGUGAGGAGCCCAUUCACAUUCUUAAUGUUGCUAUUAAAACUGACGGGGACGUUGAUGAUGAUGGGCUGGCAGCCAUGUUCAGAGAGUUCACACAGAGCAAGGUAAGUCAGCUCAGUGCUUUAUUGCUCCAUGAGAUUCACUUCAGAGCAUCAAGUAUUAAUCCUGUGGCCACUUCUGAGAAAGCUGUGCUGGGGACAGCCACUUCGUGUCCGCUCUGCCCUCUAGUGCCUGUCUUCACCUGCUUUCCUGAUGGGCGUGAAGAACUCAGGCUUGUUGGUAUGAAUAGCUCUCCAGGCACUGGGAGCCUGCUGCAUCCAUGCUACCUGCCGUGGCUGAGAGAGUACUGAGAGAGCAGUUGCUAA